UAGCCUAGCAACGAGGCCGAAUGUUGCGCUUUUGCUCCCAGAGCGAGAUUUUCACUUCAGGUAAUGGUCUUUAGUUUUGCCAUACAGAGUAAGAGAGAGAGAGUGCUUGUGCCUGACAUCACACUCCAGCAGCCUAUUAUGCCACAAGAGGGUGAUGACAAGGUGGACCCGUGUGGCCGGGGGAGCUGGUGGCUGGGAGCACUGAAAGACACACCCAUCCCGGGUCUCUAUCACAUCCGCGACUUCAUCGAAGAAGCGGAACUGAACCCGGUGAGGAAGACCUACGGGUUCAAAGGCGUGGGCAGAAAAGCCCACACUCUGGGCGUACGUAAGGGGGAUUUGCUUCUACCCGGGGUGUGUGACUACACCAACUCCAUCCGGGAGGUCCUGAUGCACCCGGCGUCCUACUCUUUCAAAAACUGUCCACGGCCCGACAUCAUCACCCUGGGCAUCAGGGACAAGCAUAUAAACACUUCACCGUGCGACUACAAUGUGACAGCGAAACCAGUGGAGAAGAGUCCCUGCAACGACUCCCACCUCUCUCUUCUCUCCUCUCCUUGCAGGCAUGUGAUGUUUCGGUCAACCGUGCAACGGAUCAGCUUUCUGCCUAAGGAGGGACCUGCUCCAUGCCACUAUAAUCCACAGACCAGACCACCAAAAGGCAUCACUUCCUGCUUCAAAUCCACAUUGCCGCGGCUCCACUAUGUGUACUCAAAGACCCCAGGACCAGGGGCCUACGAACCUUGCUGGAAGCUUGGCGACCGUCUGAACCCAGAGGCCAUAGACCCGUCAUUUAGCCUCUUCUUCCGCAACAUUUUCUAGUGGACUUUAUUUCCCACAAUGCCUUGAUCCCACAACCAUCUUCCUCAUCAUCAUCUUGUCAGCUUGGCAGAUUACACAUGACCCUACCUUAUUUAUGAAAUAAAAGUUAAAUCAUGAAUGUA